ACAUCUUACACGCUACCAAACUAGAUUUCGAAAAGUAUUUUAUUAUCCACUAAAGAAGAACAGAUAUGGCCGACCAGCUUUAUACCGACAUUGAUGCUACAUUCUCACCCGCCGAGCUCCGUUUAAUCAGAGGAGUUCUGGCCAGCAUCGAUAACGACAAAAUCGACUGGGAUAUAGUGGUCGACGAAUCCGAAAUGAAGAAUGUCACUUACGCGAAGAAGCGCCUGCGCGCUCUUCGGGUGAAACACCACUUGCUGAAGGGGACUGGAGAGGAUGGCGUCCAACAGCCAAGCCCAUCCAAAGUGACGAAGAAAACGUCCAUCAAGCCUGAGAAAAUGAAGCUCAGUGUGAAGGCCGAAGAGUCUAUCAAGAGCGAAUACUUCGUUUGAGGCACCAAAAAGGAAGCCUAUCAGCAGCAUUGGAUGGAAGUCAGCCAUGGUGGCAUAAGCUAGUAGCAAGGUUCUGAGCGUUCAAUGGCGCCAACUAGUAUGAAAUAUUCAUGUUUGUUUUUGAUGUAUGUUUCCACUUGUAAUGACUUAUUUGAUGUGAAACGGUGGGAAAACAGCAAACUCUAAUUUUCUCUUCUAAAGGGUACCUGUAUGCUUCAGGCUGACGUCUGCGCAGAGUCCGACUAAGCUCAAGUCUCACGAAUUAUUAAACACAGUAGGUCAUAGUACGCAAUAUGAAAUACUGAGACUACUCUGACGCACGUAGCAACGAACAGGACUGAUCAGAAGAGUAAUUGUGAUAGGUUAAAACGACGUUCAGCGUCCGUUUGAACCCAAUCGACAAGCCAUAGCUAGCAC